CGGAAACGCCGCCAGCCGCUCCAGCAGCGCUCAAUGAACAAAGUGAAUCACAGCGGUGAGCUCCUGCAGCGCUACGCGAGGACAGAGCACAUCACUGCACGCCCGGGCGGAAAAGAUGGAAAAAUAAGGUAUAACAUGUCUGAUAAACACAGUCCCUAUCCAUUCCAGCCUGCCUCUCAGGGUGGAGUAAUUACUACAGACAUGCUCCAUUAGCCACAGUCAUCUGUGUCACCAUGGAGACCGCCACAGGAAGUGAGGUUGUUGGUGCAAUAGGGGGUCCACAGUCAGACUCCGUUUCCCAUGACACCACUCAACCUCAGUCCCCCCCGUCUGUGAAAACACGGAAGACGGCCUUCAGGUUUUUUGGUGGUCGGAAGAGCAUCUGUGUUCUGCCUAGCUUUUUCGGUGGCCGUGGCAGAAGUCAAAGAAAGGGGUCAUCAAAAACAGGUGUUACGAAGAGCCAAACAUAUGAUGGGGUGAGCAGAGCAUGCUGGGAAGAUUUGGGCAGAGGAAGCAGUGAAGCGGCCUCAGGGGACUUUGAGUUUUGCACCUCCAGUGACCCUCAGAAAUCACAGGAGGGUCAUGGGAAGUCUCAGUCUCUACCACGACAGCGCAGAGGUCUCCGAGGUCUUUUCAGCAGCAUUAGGAGACACAGGAAAAACAAAAAUGUUGAACUAGAAAAACGCGAGGCACUUGAAAUGUCUUCAAACUUCCAUGCCGAAACAGUGCCUGGUGCCCUGUCGAGCGUCAGUGACCGUAGCGAUAACAAUGGCGACAGUCAGGGCGAUGAGUUGGUGCCAGAUGUGCCUAAUCAAACCGCAGGCAGUGAAUGUGAACUGCCAUUGGCUGCCACUGAAUGUACGAAAGAUGUAACGCUAGUGCCUGAGAAAAGGAGGAGCAGAGUGGAGGUGGAUAAGUGGAAGAGAGCAAAAGAAGAAGAGAACAAGGGAGAGGAGAAGCAAAACGCGAGACGGGAAGGACUGACGACAUAUCAUCAACCCUUGAGUGCCGAGUCAGAACUAGACCGUUUGGCUGAGCAGAAUGUGGGUGUUCCCGACGGGGAGCCUCCUGCUGUAUCCUGCUCUUCUGAAAACUUAGUCUUCGGUGAUGUUUCAUCACUGAAAAGCUUUGAUUCGCUGACAGGUUGCGGAGAUAUCAUCGCAGACCAAGAUGAUGUCAGUGUCGCCGAGAGCUCAGUGUCCGCUGAGAGAGGCAGCCGAAAUGCAGGAAAGCGAAGCUCGUGUUUUGUCACGUAUCAAGGUGGAGGGGAAGAGAUGGCCACGCCCGAUGAGAUAGACGCAGAUUACUUGCAGAGCUUGUGGGAAUCUGAAACUAGUAAUGAAGUCUGCUACGUCCCCUCAGACGGAGGCUCGGAUAGCCCUUCUCUCACUCCCGAUCAGCAAAUCAGCUCCAUCCGUGCCACCUCCACCAGCAGCCCAUUGGGAAUUACAGAAACGGCCCUCACUCCCGUUGACCUCCUAAGCCCGCAGAGCGAUCGGCAAGAGUCGGUUCCCAACAGUGAUGAGGGAUACUAUGACUCCACUACACCAGGUAUGGAAGAGGAGAGUAGAGAACGUCCACACCAGGAAAGGCUUCCACGGGACAGUUAUAGUGGUGAUGCCCUUUAUGAACUUUUUGAGCCUGACGAUCGUCUACUCAGCCCUGCUCUUCCUCCCAAGGAUGGCCACCCAUUUGUUGGUGCAGCCCUGCAGGGUGAUAAGAGUCAAGCAAACCCUCUGUAUGCCUUGGCAUCCUCUGCCUUAGAGACAGGAACCAUGGAGACGGAGGAGGAGCGUCUGAGCAAGAUCCAGCAUGCCCUUCUGUGCUGUGAGCUCCAGAAUCUCAGAAGCCCAUCCAAAGAUCAGCAUCUGUUCCAUGCCGACUGCUUCUACGAGGAUUCGAGCCUUCCCGCAGGCAACGGUAAAAUGGUUUUGGAAGAAGUUAUCAGUCAGUGCUAUCCCCAGUCACCACCGAGAUCCCAAGCUUUAAAAGAGCCAGUGCCUCUCAGCAGGGGGCAGGUCCAGGGGACGCCAUUGUUUGGACCCCAUGCCGAUUCUGGGUUUAGUCUGCAAGUCACAGAGACAACCAGGCGCCAGCCUCAAUCUGAGGAUCAGAGCCUGAUACUACCCACCAGAGCCUGCAGCCAAUCCCAAGAAGAGCUGAUGGUCUGUUUCUCCCAAGCGCUUGUAGAUUUCACAAAGAACACCCGGCUUUACCGCAACUCAACUGAGAGUCUUGAUGGCUCAGAGUCAAGUUCUCCUUUCGGGCCGAGUUUGAGUGCCCUGCCCGCCAUUGUCACAUUUGAUGUGGUCGACAUGGAGAAUGAGGGUGAAUGUGAGCAGCAGACUGAGCUUGUUGAAGAGGAGGAAGAGUUAGCGUCUCCUUACGAACCCUUCGAGGAUGAUGGGUGUUAUCUUCAGCAAGAUGCCUUUGCUGAGUGUGACCAACGUACUUUCGAUGCCUACGAACAAAGUCUAUUGCUGAGUAACGCUUGGGGCAUUGCGAGCCUUCCUCGCCACCUUAGCUUGGGUCGACCUUGUCCUCCUGUCCCCGCCCCAUUAGCACUAAACCGUCGCAGUCGCUCUCUUGACACGGACAGUCUGGAGUUUCAGACAAGUGAGAUUUACACAUCCAUCACCACUUAUGACUCAAAGGGGGCUGCGUUUUCGCAGCGUAGGACUGCUGAUUGUAGCGAUAUAGCAUUACCGCGACAACCCUGCAGGGUUACCGUUGAUAGUUGGAGGCGGGACUAUGGGCGGGGUUUUGACUCCUCCAGCUCUUCUCAGCAAGAACCGAAGAUGCCACAUGUGGGCCAAUCAACUGUAAGACCUUCACACCUCCCCCUAAAGAACAACUGCCGCAAUCGUAACCUCCUCAGUGCCGCUAGAGCCGACGGUGACGGGGAGAUUUUAUUGGGCGGAGGUGAUGCGCUCUAUCCCUGUAGUUACCCCCCUACAGGCGUGCAGUGGAAGAAUCGACCUGUCGGGGUCACUCAGGGUGUGCCCCAUCUUCGCUCUGAGCAGUUGGCGGACCAUCGAGAAAUUCCAAUGAAGAACCGGAGGGGGGAACUCGAGGGUGGCUUCACUCCUGCACCACCCUAAUUAUAAACAACGUGUUUCUCUCAAUAAUACAAAUAGACAAGUCUCGUCACCAAAGACGAUGCUGGAUGUUUACUGACACUCUUGAAUUGUAUCACACUUACACACACUGUAGUUGCUGUUACUGCCGGAUAAGCUAUUGUAUUCUUUUGUGACGUACUGUGUAGUUUUUUGAGCUAUGUUUUAGUUUCUGUGAGUUUAAGAGGACGUGUAUUUGUACCUGUAUUUGUUACAGCAUUACUCAGCAGGUGCUGUCUAUAUAUAUAGAUGCCAUAUUGCUUCGCAUUUAUGUAGCCAGGUGUUGCUAUUGAAAUUGAUCCAUUUUGUUUGGAUGUUUUGAAUAUGUUUUAAGUACAUACAAGACCACAAUGCUAUAAAUGACUUAUUUUAGCAUAAGAAUGAAAACCUUCAUUAGCACAUUGAAACCAAUAUCAUCUUAGAACUUUGUUCUUACUUUUUUAAUAGAACACUUUUUUUGAAUUUGAAAAUAUGCUGUGUGUUUCAAGGUUUUAAUGUUUACAUCUUGGAACGUUUUAAACGUCUUGUUUAGCUAGUCACACAUUUGUUUUAUAUGGUAAUUUUUGGCAUAGCACACGCUACAUUCAUAGUACAAAUGCCUAAAUCAGUGGCAUUUUGGCCAACAUCCCUUAUACACUUCUGUACAUUGUUUACUGAAGACUUACGGAUCCGAGAGUAGAAUCUGGUUUAUUUCCUUUUUUGCUGCUAAACAGUAUGUGAUUGUUUGGGAUUACAUAAUGUAUUGUAUUAACUGUAUGGGUAUCUGCAUAUUUGAGUAUUCUCUGCAUACAUUCAAGUCAGAUCUGGCCUGAAGUCUUCAGUAAAUAUAGUUGAUAAUCAAAGGGUACUAUCUUGAAUCAUUUGUGACAGAAUGUCAGUAAAGCCUUUAAUGACGUUAUGUGAUUGUUCUGUGCUGUUGUACUACAGUCACGAUCAUCUACCCUCAUCAGAAUGCCAAAGUCAGCUUAAUGCACUUACCAUUUUUAACCAGUGCUUAUGUUCAGCUCUUAAGAAUGAAUCAGCCUUUGUGUUUCCCUGCAGAUGAAUCUAGUGCUGUUCUAUAAUUAAUGUUUUGUUCAUUUUUCAUGCAUUUGGUACAUUUGUGAGAUAGAAAAUGAUUGUCCAUACCCCAUUUUUUUUUAGUCAGAAAACCAAAAUCAUUUUUUCUGUUUUGUAUUUUAAUACACAAGGAUGUACAUACACAGACUAAGAAUGUUAGAACAUCUUCAUAAAACUUGACAUUCAUUAGCCUCAAUGUUGUCAUUUUCAAAAGGUUUAAACAUGUCCACCACAUUACACCCUUGACACAAUCUCUCUCCACACAGGAAUCAAAAAUGACUGGAAAUAAACCCUUGAGACAUCA